GCUAAAGGUCAUAAAGAUGGUAGCGCCCUAUGAUGACAUUUUGGUUAACUUUCAUUUUUAAACAGUAGGCCUAAUCGUUGAAAUUAGACUUCAGGUAAAAUGUGUGACUGAGCAUUGGAGGUCAGUGUGACAGGCAUUGAGACAAUGAGAGAGGGAGACAGAUUUCAUCAGCAUUAACGGUGAACAGAAUGAUUAUAAUGAAGAUUAAGAAAAUAAUACCUUGGACUGCCUUUGUACCAUGGAAUCAUAACAGAAGUGCUUUGCUGGGGCUCAUCACUGAGAAUAUCCGUUUUCUUUAUAGUAAAACUGGAAUAUGGGACAAACAGUUAACACCUGAAACAAGACUAGAAAUAGAAAAACAUUGGAAACCUAUCGUUCAAUUGUAUGAUGAAGAACAGUCUAAAUUAUCAGAGUCCCCAUUAAAAGACAGCAAAGAAAAAUUCUAUGCUUUGUCCAUGUUUCCUUAUCCAAGUGGAAAUCUUCACUUAGGUCAUGUUCGAGUGUAUACUAUUAGUGACAUAAUGUCACGAUACCACAGAUCACAGGGGAAAAUAGUUAUACACCCUAUGGGAUGGGAUGCAUUUGGAUUACCAGCAGAAAAUGCUGCAAUGGAAAGGGGGAUACCACCAAAAGAAUGGACUUACAGCAAUAUCAAGAGAAUGAAACAACAGUUAAAAGAUUUGGGUUUCAGUUUUGAUUGGAAUAGGGAACUGGCCACAUGUGAUCCCUCCUAUUACAGAUGGACUCAGUUUAUUUUCUUGAAAAUGUUUGAGGCUGGUUUGGCAUUUCAGAAGAAGGGUUUGGUGAACUGGGACCCAGUAGAUAUGACUGUUCUGGCGCAUGAGCAGAUUGAUGAGCAUGGCUGCUCGUGGAGGUCAGGGGCCAAGGUGGAAAAGAAAUAUCUGACUCAGUGGUUUCUUAGAGACACAAGCUUCUCAGAGUCUUUGCUUAAGGGUUUGGAUGAAGUAGAUGCUAAUUUAUGGAAAGAUAUUAUUACCAUACAAAAGAAUUGGAUAUCUGAAUGCAAUGGCCACAGAAUUGAUUUUAAAUUAAAAUCUGAGGCCAAAGAUUGUGCAGAUUUUCCACUAACAGUUUACACAGAAGACUUAGAUUUAGUUUAUGGAGUAUCACAUCUUUGUAUCAAACCAUCUCACUACUUGUGUGUUGACUUCAACAGGAACCAAGUUGAUGAUGUUUUACCUGUGCAAGCCAUACAUCCUCUGACAGGUGAAUACCUGAAAAUUGUUGUGACUAAAGAGGACCAGAUGUACAAGAAUAGAGAGGUGAAGCUAGCCAUCCCUUGUAUAAGUGAAGAAGACAGAGAAGUGGCAGACAGACUAAACAUUUCUUACACCAAUGUUUUAGAUGGAACAAACACUGUGCAUGCCACAGAGCUCUGUGGCUUGAAUCGUAAAGAUGCAUUGGAGGUAGUUAGGAAAAAGCUUGUUACUCUGGGAGCAGGGGGUGAGAAAAUCAGUGAACAGCUGCAUGACUGGCUGAUAUCAAGACAACGCUACUGGGGAACUCCUAUACCUAUCAUCCACUGUGGGCAGUGUGGGAGUGUGCCUGUGCCAUAUGAAGACCUGCCUGUGACUCUGCCUGACACUUCACAGCUGAUUCUUAAGGCAGGGCAGUCGGUACUUGCUGAAGAUGAGAAGUGGAUCAACGUUCCUUGUCCCAAAUGUGGAUCUGCAGCCAAGAGAGAAACAGAUACCAUGGACACUUUUGUGGACUCAACUUGGUACUUUCUGCGUUACCUGGACCCCCACAACACCAACUUGCCCUUUGACCCAGACAGAGUCAAACAGUUUAUGCCUGUUGACUUGUAUGUUGGAGGGAAAGAACAUGCCCUGCUUCACCUAUACUAUGCAAGAUUUGUUUCACAUUUUUUUCACUCCAUUGGACUUUUGGAACACAAAGAACCUUUUAAAAAUCUCAUUAGCCAGGGAAUGGUCAAAGGUGAAAGUUACAGAGUGAAGGCAACUGGGAAAUAUAUCCCAGCUGAUCAAGUGGAUUUCUCUGGUAAAUCUCCAGUUGAGAUGGGUACAAAAGAAAAACUGAUUGUUGAAUUUGAGAAAAUGAGCAAAAGUAAACACAAUGGAGUCAACCCAGAGGAGGUGGUUGCAGAGUACGGUAUUGACUCUACACGUCUUUGUAUUUUAUCCAAUGUUUCCCCUCAGUCUGAAAGGAACUGGUCAAAUUCAGUCUAUAAAGGUGUAAUCAGCUGGCAGUGUAGGGUUUGGGGACUUGUCACUAGAGUCAGAGAAGAAAGCAAAGCUGACCAGACUAAAAGUGACCAGUAUAUCAGUGAACUGGACCUCAAAAACUGGGAAUAUAAAAUAAAUGAGACUCGAAACCAUAUUGUUCACCAAGUAACCAUACAGUUUGAGAAGUUGUUUUGUAUCAAUGCUGCCAUCUCAAGGCUUCAAUCUUAUGUCUCUUGGCUAAUGCAAGUCCCAGCUUCAGUGAGCAGCAGAAGUGAAGCUUUUGAGCGAGCAGUGGCUGAUCUGGUCAUUAUGAUCAGCCCGAUGGCGCCUCACUUUGCUUCAGAACUCUGGGUAGGCCUGUCUGAUGUGGCCCAACACAAUUCUCACCAGUGGGAGAACAGCGUUCUACAACAAGCUUGGCCUAAGAUAGAUGAUGACUUCCUUGUGCCACUCACAUUUAAGGUGAACAAUGUAGCAGUGGCUGACAUAGGAGUCCAGUACUCACGGUUUGGCCAGCUGGACAAGGAGGCAGCACUGGAGCUUGUACUCAAGGACAGCUUAUUCUGUGAAAAGUUCUCCAAUUAUCAUAUUCAAUCUUGUACGCUGUCUAAAUUCAGUACCUUUAAAGCUGAGAUCAGGCUCAAUAUUCCAGACUACGAGUUUCCCAUAGAAGCAACUUCAGUAUCAGAGGAAAAGAAAAUGCAAAAAAAACUGAGUAAAGAGAAGAGAAAGCUGUAUGAUAUUGAAAAGAAAUGACCACACAGUAUAAAUAGAUUAUAAGUAAUAGUAUGUAAAUAAAUGUAAUGUAUUUCUAAAAAUUUAGAGUGCUAUUUU